AUGGCUAAAAGAAAAGCAGAUGACAAGCCUCAAAUAGAUGCAUCAAAACAUACAAAGAAACCAACGAAACAACAAACUCAAGCAUCGAUUUCAAUAUGUAUACCGUCAACUGUAAUAUCAAAUAAGAAUGCAUAUAAUUUAGAACAAAAGACUUUUAUAGUAUAUCAAAUUGCUAAAGCUUGUUUGAUUUAUAACGUACUGGAAUUUAUAGUGAUCAAAGUACCUGAAACCAAAAAACAAGAAAAUGGAGAAAUUAAAGAAGAAAUUAAAAUUGGAAAUAAAGUUGUAUUUAAUGAGGAAUUAGAUGCUGUACCAAAACAAAAUAACAAAGAUCAAAACAAUAAUAAUGAAAAUGAUGAUGGAAUACUACUAGCAAGUUUAUUACAAUUUUUUAUAACACCACCAUACUUAGUCAAAACAAUGUUUUCACCAAAUUCAAACCCACAAUUUAAAAAUAUAUUACCAAAAUUCAAAUAUGCAUAUAAAUUACCUAAAAUUACCAACUUACCAUUCAUGUCUAAUAACGAAGUAUAUAAAAAUUUCAAAGAAGGUAUAAUUAUACCUCGAGAAACUCCUAAAAUUAAAAAUAAAAAAGGUGAUAAAGUCAAAUCUUCACAUAAAAUUAAAGUUAGUAAAUAUGUAAAUAUUGGAGAAUCAGAACCAUUGAAACUAGAAAUAGAUAGAGAAAUUCCAAUAUAUUCUAGAGUAACAGUUGAUUUAAAGAAUAAAAAUAUUAUAAAUCCCGAAAAAGCAUAUGGUAUAACUGGUCAUAAAUCAUCUUUUGGAUAUUAUGUAAGAAUAAUAAAUUCAAAUCAAUUUAAUAAAAUAUUUACAAAUUCACCAAUUGAAUCAGGUUAUUCUAAAGCUGUAUUUGUUAAUUGUGAUGAUUAUUUUAAUAAAGUUGAUAAGUCUACAGUGUUGAAAGAUUUAACAUCAGUGGAUGAGGAUUCAAAUUUUGGAAAAGAUGAAAAAAUACUAAUGAUUUUAGGUAAUUAUAAUACUAUACAAGAAAGUUUCAAUAAUGACGAAUCUAAACUUACAAUUUUUCAAGGUAUUGAUCAAGUUCUGCAAUUAUUUGACUAUAAAUUAAAUAUCCCAUUAGGUUGUAAAAUUGAAGAUUCUAUAAUGAUAUCAUUGACUAAAUUGUUGAGUGGUUGA